AGAGAGAGGGGGGUGUCAAAGAGAGAAAGGAGGAAGGAGGAUGUUGCCUUUCGUGAUGCUAGUUUAGGCCAGGAUGCAUCAGCUACGGUGACAUGGUGGGUGACUGUGUUUUUCAUAGCUCUGCUUCACAGCUGUGCUAGAUAAUCUCACUGCUCCGUUAUACAGAAGAGAGGAUGCUUCACUCAGCUUGAUGUGACAGACACAGAAAAAGGACGAGGCUGGAGGUGGAGAGAAAAGGACUAUGAGAUCUGGGUACCCACAUCCUACAUCCCAAAUAUGAUGAAGACGGAGGGUAAGACCCCAGGUGGGGGGCCCAGGAGUUCUUCUCCACAUAGGAAUGCAUAUGAGGUUGGGGUGCAGACACUGCGCACUGGUAAAGAUGGGGCGUCUGAGAUGGAAUCAGAGGAAGCGCGUAAAUCAAGGUGCAAAUAUGGUUCCAAUGUUCACCGUAUUAAAAAUAUGUUCCUACAGAUGGGGACAGGUCCAGCAGGUAGUGAGAAUGAAACUGGGAAAGCAAAGGAUAAGCCAUCUCGGUUGACUUUGCCGCGGGCCGGCAGCCUCAAUGAAAACGUAAACCAUAGCGCCCUACUGAAGCUAGGAACCAGUGUGUCGGAGAGGGUGAGCCGGUUCGAUCCACCUGCAGAUAGACAGCCCUCUAAACUGCAGGAGGCACGCCGUGUAUUUGAGAAGAAUCUACAAGAAAAGGAGACCACCAACAGGAUUUUUCUGCGUAAAGAGAGAGGUGGGUUCCAGGACAGAAAACUAGAUGUUGUAGUGAGGUUUGGUGGGAGCACAGAGUCACUGGACAAGCUAGACACAGAGGCCGUCUCGCCUACCGUAAGCCAGUUGAGUGCAGUGUUUGAGAAUGCAGACCUCCGCAAUAACAUUCACAAAGUUCCCAUGAAAGGUUCAACUAGUCGGCGGACAAGACUUUUUCAACCAGAAGCAGCCAAAGCCACAGAAGAAAAAAAAACAUUGGGAAAGGCAGGAGAUGUUCCUCAAAGGCCAGCUGUAGUCCAGGAAAUUUGUAAAAUCAAACCAGUGGAAGUAGAAGAGAGUGGGGAGUCAGAAACCGAUGUAGUUACAGAGACAGAAGCAUCAAAAGAUGAGUCUGCCAACACUGGAAUUGAAAAUGGUGGCUCAGAAGCAAAAGGGGUAACAGCGCGGGAAACAGAGCUGGAAGAAGAGGCUGAAGGAGAGGCCGCAGAGGAUGACUUCAAGAGGGAAGACUGGUCUGAGGUUGAAGUAAUAGAACUCAGUGCUUACAGUGGACUAGGGGAGGAUUCGGGGGGCAGUGGUUUGGAUGAAGAUGAGGAUGGAUUUUAUGAAGCGGUCACCAGUUGCCAGGAAAUUGAGGGUCUGUCAGAAGAAGAGGAGCAGACUCCAACACGAAAAAUUCGCUUCAGUACGGCCCCCAUUAAGGUGUUUAGCACAUACUCUAAUGAAGAAUAUGACCGGCGUAACGAUGAUGUGGAUCCUAUGGCUGCUUCUGCAGAAUAUGAGCUUGAGAAACGCGUGGAGAGGCUGGACCUCUUCCCUGUGGAGCUGGAGAAAGAUUCUGAGGGUCUUGGAAUCAGUAUAAUUGGGAUGGGAGCUGGAGCUGAUAUGGGUCUGGAGAAACUUGGAAUAUUUGUCAAGACUGUGACAGAAGGUGGAGCUGCCCACCGGGAUGAAAGAAUCCAGGUGAAUGAUCUUCUGGUAGAAGUCGACGGGACAAGUUUGGUUGGGGUCACACAAUCCUUUGCUGCUUCUGUUCUGAGGAAUACCAAGGGUCGUGUGAGGUUCCUUAUUGGCCGGGAAAAACCUGGGGAACAGAGUGAGGUGGCUCAGCUGAUCCAACAGACAUUGGAGCAGGAAAGGUGGCAGAGGGAGAGUAUGGAACAGCGUUAUAACCAGUGUAAUGAGGAUGAUGAGGAGACAGGGGAGUAUGCCACAGAUGAAGAGGAUGAGGAGAUGAGUCCCAUGUUCCCAGGCGGUGAAUUGGCUAUCGAAGUCUUUGAACUACCUGAAGGAGAAGAUGCAUUGUCCCCUGUGGAGAUGGACCCUGAAAAACUGGUGCACAAAUUUAAAGAGCUGCAGAUAAAGCAUGCUGUGACGGAGGCAGAGAUCCAGCAACUAAAGAAGAAGUUGGCUGGGUUGGAGCAAGAGCGUUCUCGCUGGCGGGUGGAGAAGGUCCAGCUGCAGCAAAGUGUUCAGGAGAACAGGGAUCGUGUAGAGAAAUUGCAGGGGUACUGGAUGGAGGCUCAGAGUCUGUGCCAGGCCGUGGAUGAGCAUCUGAAAGAGACUCAAGCCCAACACCAGGGACUGGAGCGCAAGUAUAGUAAGGCCAAGAGGCUCAUUAAAGAGUACCAGCAAAAGGAGCAGGACUUCAUGAAAAAAGAAGAUGUGCAGAAGCAGACGCUGGAGGAGGUGGAGACUGCGCAUUCUGUAGAGAUCCUGAGACUACAGGAAAAGGUCUCCGAAUUAGAGAAGAAGCUUCUCACUCUCCAGUGUCCCACCCCUCCUUAGGUCGGAUUUAAUGGAUAUUGGGGAACGUUGGGCAGGUGUUGACACUGCUUGCCCACUCCUGCAGGAUCUCUGCCCCAGUGAUAGAACUGCAGGCACUUGCCCCUUUCCCAUAGCUCAUCUACUACAUGACUAUUACACUGGAGGGGUGGAGUACUAUUCACUGGGAUCCUGACAGUUGAUUGUGGUUCUCUAUUGACAUCUAACUGGACAAGGAUGGGAUACCAGCUGGCUGUGUUGUGUGUAGCUUCAUGGCCUUUGUCUUCUUUUGGACUAUGUAUUUGUGUGGACGUCAGGCCCCUGCUACCUUGUAGACUUUGGAAUGUGCCACAUCACAGAAUAUUUUACUCAGUGACUCUACCGACUGUAAUUUAUGAGGAUAUUGCAGUGACUGGGGUACCUUGGCUCCCCAAUGGCCUAAACAGUGACUGUAACCUAUGCUCCUGGAUUUUGCGUGUCUCUGUGCUGUGUUUGUGCUGUCUAUUACCUGCCCUUGGCACCUCACAGAAAGUAUGUACCAUUGAACAUUCCCAUGCCUCAAGCUUUUCUUUACGGUCUGUGACUCCUUGACCUCUCUCCUCACGUAUGACCAGUUCAAGUGUGUGUUAACGUGUACCUGUUGACUACUCACAGUGCGAGAAGCCAGUAUCAAUUCACUAGUCACAUCACAGAGGCAUUAGGCACUCUGCAAGUAGACAACAGGUACAUAUGUAAGAACAUAUGAAAAAUGUUCAAGAGACACUUGUGGGUAAUUUGGAAAUUCGAGUACACGGGCAAAUGGUAAGUUUUAUGUAUACAUAACAUGUGUGUACAUGGUAAGGUGAAUCUUUGUAUGUAUGAAUGACUGAUUGACUAUCUAUGAUUUGCAGUAAUGUGCAUUCCUAAAAUAUAUGUGUAUAUAUGAUAUUAUAUGCCAUUAAUUUUAAAUUAUAAAUAAUAUUAAUAUUAAUUAUAAAGGAUAUUAGAAUUGGAUUGAGGACUAUAUAAAAUAAUGAAUACCUUUUGUAAGGUGGCACCAUAUUACGGAGCAAUUUACGGAGAAUAUUUAAACAUCCAGUCUCUGCCCGGUUGAAGCUUACAUACACUAUAUGACCCAUUUUUGUCAGAAGCCAGCUAGUUUGGGGUAAUGGUAGAAAACUCGGUCAAACUUGGAGAGAAUAUACAAACUCUAACCAGUGCCCCUUUCAGAAUGGAACCGAUGGCUCCAUUGCAGGUUUUGCACAACAAUAGUAACCAGUGACGGUUCCCAAGAUGAGGCUGCAGCACAGUCCAAAAUUCAACAUGGGAACCACACCAAGUGCCACCCUAAACGCUGGCCAGGACUAAUUGGCAGUUGGUGUGGGUCCCCUAUUUGAGUUUUGGCCUGCGCUAGUAGGCCACCACUGAUAGUAACCAUUAUUUCACCAUAUAUAAAAGUGUGAACUGCAGGCUGAGUAUCUUUAAGGUAACUUAAAAUAUUCGGUAGUUUGUACAUCUUUAUUUACAUUACUCCAUUUUAUAAUUAUUUUAUUUGAAUGCAAAUCAAACACGCAGACAUAUUGGGGUAAAUUUACUAAGGUGGGAGGUUUUUUUAGAACUGGUGAUGUUGCCCACAGCAACCAAUCAGAGUCUAUUAUCUUCUAUAAGCAGCUAAAUGUUAAGUAGAAUCUGAUUGGUUGCUAUAAGCAACAUCACCAGUUCUAAAAACAACUCCCACCUUAGUAAAUUUAACCAAUUAUCUUUUAUACUUAUUUUUUUAUAUGACACUGUUCUCCCAAUAGGACUCAAAGCAAUUUAUGUUGUUUCAGAGAGGAAGGCAUGCAUCUUGUAUAUGCUUAGUUGCUGCUUCAUGUUAUCAGUCCAUGCUCCAUUGGCAAUUAAUAUCUAAAUCACCUAAUACACAUAAACACAUUAGAGUUAAUUUUUGUCAAAAGCAAAUUAACAGAAUGUGGGAACAACCAAUCAGCUACUAGAACAUGCACACUUCGCACAGAUACGGUCCUGUUUGAAAUUGGACCCAUGAGCCAAGCGCUGUGGGGCAGCCAUGUUAAAUACAUAAAAUAAAUAUAUAUAUAUAUAUAGCAGCUAGAGCCGGAACUAGGGGUGUGCGAGCAAUACUGCCAGACAGAAUACAAUUGCUCAAUGGGCGCCACCAUCGCUGCACCAUGGCACUUACUGCUGGAUGCCAGUAUGCAUGAAAUGGCACACUGCAACCAGGAUCACCACUGCAGCACCACAAGAGCAUCCUACAGUCUGUGCAACCGAUCAGUGCGUCCUCAGGAUGCCUGGACCUGUGCUGCCGACCCUGCCGCCUCUGUGUGUCGGGGGCAGACACAGGACACAUUUGUGCCUUGUUACAGUUCUGGAAGCAGCUUCCAUUGGGUGGUCUUCAGUUUGCCGGCUGUCGGCUGUCGAGAUCUCGGCGCACAGUAUACCAGCGCCGGAAUCCCGACAGCCGGCAUGCCGACACAUAUUCUUCAUCUUGGGGGUCCACGACCCCCCUAGAGGGAGAAUAAAUGCGUAGCGCGCCACCGUGCCCGCAGCGUGCGGAGUGCAGCGAGCCCGCAAGGGGCUCAUUUGUGCUCGCCACGCUGUCUGUAAUAAUAAUAUGGCCAAAAACAACAAUGAAAAGUAAAUAUUGACAAGUAAUAUAUAAUAUUAUUGUAUAAUAUUAUAUAUACAUAUAUUUAAAUGUACACAACUGUAACAGGGGAAAAUAUAUCAAACCUUCAAGAAAGAUUAAGUGGAGAAUGUGCCCUUUGCAACCAACCAACCAAUAUUUUUCGUGACAGACAGUAUGGUAGUUGCUCAAAUCGAUGUAUUGCCCAUCACAGGUGCAUGUACGGGAGGGAUUAAUGUAGACUAUAAAAAAAAUAAAAAAAAUCCCCAGUACACAAUAAUGGAUCAGCAAAAGAGACUUACAUCCUGCAUGAUAAUAGUAAUGCAGAUAUCUUAGUUACAUUCAUCUGCAAUCAUACAUAGCAAGGCGUCUCUGCUCUGGUGGCUGCAUAAUAAAAGCACCUUCUUUGAGUCAUACAUUUAUACAUUUCUUAAUCCAGAACUAACAUGUGUAGGCAUCACAAGGUCCUCCAAUAUGGCACUACAAGAAUCAGCAUGCCCUCCAACUUCUAAUCCUAUCCAUGCCUCUCAGAACUGCACAGCCUGUAAAAUUACAGUUAGAAGCUGAUUGUUUAUUAUGGGCAACUUAUCCACUUUAUUUCUAAGAUUUAAUAUAUCUCCCCACAGUGAGAAGUGUGUGUGUGUGUGUGUGUGUGUGUGUGUGUGUGUGUGUGUGUGUGUGUGUGUGUGCGUGCGUGCGUGCGUGCGUGCGUGCGUGCGUGUGCGUGUGUAGAAACUAAAUAUAUAACUCUACAAAAUACAGGCAAGUAUUUCUUCACUUUCUACAGCUGUAUAUAAGCUUUGUAUUACUGUGAGUCAAUUUUUCCCGGGUAUACAAACAUCUGCAUCUUUAACAGUACAUGCAGAUAAGAUGCAGAACUAAUGAUGAUGCCGCUGGCUCUGGCAAGGAAGCUGCCGGCAGCCAUGUUUAUGACUGGCAAUCCCUUCUUGUUACAGUUAAAGAAUGACAGAAUAAACAGAAGAGGCUUCUGAGGUCAGGCUACACUUAGCCAUGUGGCAUUUGCCACUCAAAUUCGUCACUGUAUUUUAAGAGAAGAAUGUGGGGUUACUUCUACGUUUUGAACAAGGGAGGUUCGGGGUGAGAAGGAUUGCCACUAGGGGGUGUGAAUGGAUAAUAGAAGGAGGUUGAGUGAUGCUGUGCCAAAUUAGUAUCUGUCUAUUUAUUGGUCUGUUAUUGAAAAAAAUCAAAACAGAAAGGAUGUAAAUAUGACAUUAUAAUGUGAAUCCAUUGUGGGUAGAAGAAAAUUAAAGCAUUUUGGGAAUUAUGGCUCAAUGGGAAAAAGAGAACUUUGGCAUUGGACUCCACUCAUUCUGAUUUUGGAACAAUCUCAGCCUAUGGAAGAAGAUAGUGUUAAAAAAAAACAACUUAUAUUCAACAAAAAGGACAAAGAAAGAAAAGUGUUAGUGAACAAUCAAUCCCGAAGGUUAGUUUUUAUGUAUUUAAAAAGUGUUCCUGUGUAAGUGCAUCAGUAUAUCUUAGCAAGAAGCUAAGUGCUAGACCAUAGAUUUCACAGACAUGACAACAACAAAAGGUUCAACCUCAAAUAGAGGCCUGUGAGUCUAGACUACUGUAUAUUUACGUGAGAAAUGCACACAAUCUAUGGGGUAAAUGUAAUAGCCAGCGCGAUGCAGGAAUCCACAAGGUUUUGGGAGAUUUAUCCACUAGAUUUAAAGGGACAAUUUUUGAAAAGGCAAAACCAGUGGUUUAAAUCUAGCAAGGCUAUUACAUUUACUGCUGUGACUGCAUUGGAGUUACUUCAGACCCAUGCUGCAUGCCAGCAGUUCUCAUCUGAUGCAAUCCUAAAGGUGCCCACACAGAAAGCAACUGCUUCUCAUGAAGCAGUCCUAAUUCAUGUGAUCUGAGGAAUAUCUCUAUGUGUAUGACACUCAAAAGUACUUAAUUAAAAUACCUUAUUUGAAAAGAUUAUUCAGAAAUCUGAUUGUGAAAUCUAAUAUUUGUGUUUGCCCAGUACUUGAAAACAGCUGUAUUGCUAUGUGUAUGGGCAGAUUGAACAAUUAAAAGUUAAGUUAUUGCUUUUCUGA